AUGGCCGACACCGGUACACCGCCUGUCAUCCCGAUCGAAUUCCAGCGGUACAAUUCAUACGUCGAAGACCCGAAAUGGCAACGCAAGUUCAGCACCAUCUGGCCUGCCGUCGCCGGGCUCUUCGUCCUCCUCGCCCUACCCCACCUCGUACGCAGCGUCCGCUCCGGGAGAGCGUUUGCCAGUGUGUGGGGUGUGACGGAGGAGUUUGGGCAUGCGGGCUAUGAGGCCGUUGGUGCGAGUAAGAGGAGACCGACGCGGAGGAGAGGCGGGAGAGGGAGUGCGUUGAGAAGGGUAGAAGCAACCCUGUCGAGGAUGGGCGCGUGGUUGUAUUGGACGUUGCCCGGGAUUGGGCUGAAUUUGGGGCAGAUUAUCAUCGUCGCCGCGUACCUCCUUACCGUCGUCCUCUGCAUUGUGCUCAAGGCACCGCUCAUCUCCAACUCAAACCGUGCAGGCUUCCUCGCUCUCGCACAACUCACACCCAUCUUCCUCCUCGCCACCAAGAACUCGAUCCUCUCCCUCCUCCUCGGUCCUGGUAGGGGGUAUGAAAAGCUCAACUUCCUGCACAGAUGGGCCGGGCGCGCCUUGUUCGUCUCAGCACUCGUACAUGGCGCUUUGUGGAUUAGGAACCACGUCGACGCUGGGGCACUAGAAAAGAAACACCACCCGAACCUGCGCGUCGAGGUGCCCGUCCAGGUGAUGAUUGAUGGUCCGUAUGGUGGGUCCUCGGUCGACCUGGGGCAGUAUGAUUCGGUACUGCUGUUUGCUGGCGGCGCGGGCUCGAUCGACUGGUUCGCACCUGCUCUUCACGACAUCGCCACCCUCGCCGCGUCCUCCCUCUCUUCCGCAUCCCCCGACUGCCCAGGAAUCGAGGUUCACAUCUCGAUCUACGUCACAUGUCUCUGUAACCCCGAAGCUGUCCCACCCAUCCCGAACCUCGAUGUAACGAUUGUGCGCCCAGACGUAUGGAGGGUGCUGGCGGACCUGGCUGGGUUCGUUUCUGGUCUGCCGUCCGCUCCUUCGACAACGUCGCUGCCGGUUCGUAAGGCGGACAAGGAGAAAGCUACCUCGGUAGCCGGCCCGUCGGAGACGGUACGAAGAGGAGAGACUAAAGCAGUCGAGAUGGACAUCAUCGCCGCUACUGCCAGCUCAGCUUCAUCCGUAGAGGAGAUAGAGCUCGACCCAACAGAGGACCCGCUUGCAUACCCUCUGCCUUCGACACGUUUCUCCCUAUCCCCUGAUGAGGACGAGGAAGGAAGUAUCGCGGUUUGUGCGGCUGGCCCAGCGAGCAUGACGAGGGAGGCGGCGAACGCUGUUGCCAGAUUGCAGAUGCAUGGGACUAGGAGAUUGGGCAAGGUCGGGUUGCAUACGGAAGUGUUUUCUUUAUAG